AUGGAUCGAAUAUCAAACUCCAAGUCGGAGGUAACCACAGCAACUCUGCCAGCGAAUACCUCUCUAUCACCCAAAGAAUCUGCUAUAAACGGGAAUGUUCCUUCUACGAAAAAGACGGCUGAAGGCCUUGCCGGACUCUACGAUUCCGAUGAUGACGAGAACGCUGGGAAAGAUGGUGGAUUGGAUGCACUUUUCCUCGUAAGGAACAAACCAGAGGAGAUUGAGCGGUAUGUAAUUCAUAUUCGGAAAAUGUUGCUGGAAGGAGAAGGGGAGGCGGUUAUAGAAAUUGGUGUUCCUAUCGAUCAGGGUGGAAAAGCAUCUGGCAUUCCAACGAAAGAUAUGGAGGUAGCCGUGGCUAACCACGUCAAAGCUCUUGCGAGUAUCCCUGCAAUCGGCACCAAAAUUGAGACGCGGGUCAAUGGUGGGAAAGCAACUGAAGUCUGGAUUGUGCGAGAUCCACCUAAAGAAGAGGAUUUCAUCGAGGUUCGCGUUGCUGUGGUCGGAAAUGUUGAUGCUGGGAAAUCGACAUUGCUGGGGGUCUUGACCCAUAGUGCCCUUGAUGACGGUAGAGGACUUGCCAGGACGAAACUGUUCAGGCAUAAACACGAGUUCGAAUCUGGUCGAACCUCAUCAGUUGGUAACGACAUCCUUGGAUUUGAUGUCCACGGCACGGUGGUCAAUAAACCUGAUCCGCAUAAUAACAAUCUCGACUGGGUUCAAAUAAGCAGAGAUUGCUGUAAGUUGAUAACGUUCAUUGAUCUGGCUGGGCAUGAGAAAUAUUUGAAGACCACGAUAUUCGGGAUGACUGGGCACAUGCCAGACUAUACUAUGCUAAUGGUCGGUGCGAAUAUGGGUAUUAUCGGUACCACCAAGGAACAUCUUUCUCUUGCUCUAUCGCUUUCAGUUCCAGUGUUCAUUGUGGUCACAAAAAUAGAUAUGUGUCCGCCUCAAAUUUUGGAAGAAACCAUGAAGAAUAUUGGACGAUUAGUGAAAAGUGCUGGAGCUCGAAAACUUCCUGUGAUGGUGCGUAACACGAAUGAUGUGAUACAUGCUGCUGUGAAUUUUCCUAGUAAACGAGUGUGUCCUAUUUUCCAAGUUUCCAACGUUGAAGGAACAAACCUUGAUCUCCUACGCCAAUUCUUGAAUAUUGUCCCUUUGCGACGUACGCUUUGCGAAACAGAUCCUGCUCAUUUCCAGAUCGAUGAUGUCUACUGGGUAGAAGGUGUGGGUACGGUCGUUUCUGGAACAGUACUCGCGGGAACAAUCAAAGUCAACGAUACACUUUUGCUUGGUCCCAAUUCGGUGGGCGAAUUCCUUCCACUGCCAGUGAAAUCUAUUCAUCGAAAGCGGAUGCCAGUUUCAAGUGUUCGAUGUGGCCAGACGGCCUCCUUUGCUUUGAGGAAAAUUACCAAGCGUGAGGUGAGGAAAGGCAUGGUCAUGGUGGAUCCGCGUCUUAAGCCAGUGUCUAGUAUGCAGUUUGAAGCAGAGAUUCUGAUAUUGCAUCAUCCCACCACGAUUAAGCCCAACUAUCAAGCUAUGCUACAUAUUGGAUCCAUACGGCAGACUGCAACACUUGUUAGCAUGACAAAGGAAGUUUUGCGCACUGGCGAUCGUGAUCGUGUAACAUUCCGAUUUAUCCGCCUGCCGGAGUAUAUACGGCCAGGGACUCGCAUGGUUUUCCGUGAAGGUCGCACUAAAGCCGUUGGUACAGUGGUGAAUGUCAUCCCACAAACAACGUUAUCACAGCAACGGUCCAAGUUCAAAGACAAAACCAACAGGACAUGGACUCGCAUGGUUUUCCGUGAAGGUCGCACUAAAGCCGUUGGCACAGUGGUGAAUGUAAUCCCACAAACAACGUUAUCACAGCAACGGUCCAAGUUCAAAGACAAAACCAACAGGACAUUUGUCAAACGAGGAGGGCCGAAGCCACCAAACGGGAAACCGAAGGCGGAAGCUGCCAAGGAACACGCAUAA